AUGGGGCCGGAGGAGGGGCUGGAAAACUCAGAAAGUGGCGUACAGCAGAGGGAAGAGAAAGACGUAUUCAUCUUCUUCAAGUCUGCUUUUGAUGAUGUGAUCUCAAAGUUAGUCAAGGAACUAGAGCCUUGUAUUCCUAAACACGUAUGUCGAGACAUUCCUAUCAGACUUUUUGUUGUGUUCUGGAUUUUGUCCUCUUAUGAUAUCGAAGUUCCCACCGCUGCUUAUGAAAGAGCCAUUGAAAAUAUCCGAAAGCAGAUGAAGGAAGUGGCUGACUCUCCGGUCAUGAGCAAAUCCAAGCGCCAAAAGGAAGAGGAGCGUUUACGUAGUCUCGAGGGCAAACUCAGGGAUGAGGAAAAGCGUCAAGCCGAGCAUGUUGCGCGAAUACGAGCCUGGCUGCAGAGUGUUAAGGAUGACCUAUUUGAAGCUGGACGUAGUGCUUUCAUUCAAACGUGCAUCUUGCCUCGUGUACUCUUCUCCGAGUCAGAUGCAAUCUACUCUGCAAAGCUCAUAAUCAUUUUACAUCAACAACGAAUCACUUUGUUUCAGUCUUUGGUGUUUAUCGACAAGUUGUUUAUCGAUGUGCUGCCUUUGAUAUGCGCACUAACAGAAAAUGAAGCCAAUGCUAUGGGCACAUUCUUGCAAAUUCUGCUCAGCCAUGCCCAACGGUGGCAUUCAGAUAGCGGGAUAUUUGAGAAGGAAUGUGAAGGAUUCCCCGGAUUGGUUUCAAAAACACGACAAGAUAAGACUACAGAAAGUGUCAAUUAUGAAAGUUUCCGACGGUUAUGUUUUAAGUGGCAGGUAUGGUGUAACGCCUCUCUAAAGCUAGAAACAAAGUGUGAACACCUGUUGACAAUUACAUUAUUGCAGUUGGCCCCAUGCUUCCCUCUGCUGAAGGAUCUGGUGGAAAGUAUAGAAAAGAUGGUUGAGAAGGUCCGCGAUAAUGAGAAAGGAAAGAGAGAUGAGUUGUCACUCAAAGCAGCAAGCUAUCUUGUACGGCUGAAAAUGCGCAAUGUAACCGUCUACGAAGGGUUACAAUUUCAUCGCCCAAUUGUAAAGCAUACUUCAAAACUAAGCCCAGGUGUGGAUCGAAAGCGGAUUGCUACGGUAGCCAAAAUUCUCUUG